UUGAAAACGGAAGUGUGUGAGGAAACGCUACACGUGUUUUCUUACAGAUUUUGAAGGUUACAGGAGAAGCAGCGGUUUGGCUCCUUGCUGGCAGGUUGUAGUAGAGGGUCACUGGGACGGUGUGGUUGAACCAGGGUGUGAGCAGCACGGACACGCGGACAUGGAUCCCAUGAAGGCGCAGCAGCUGGCGGCGGAGCUGGAGGUGGAGAUGAUGGCUGACAUGUACAACCGCAUGACCAAUGCCUGCCACAGGAAGUGCGUCCCACCACAUUACAAGGAGGCAGAGCUGACAAAGGGGGAGUCGGUAUGCCUGGACCGCUGUGUGGCCAAAUACCUGGACCUUCAUGAGAGGCUGGGUCGUAAGCUCACAGACCUCUCCGUCCAGGAUGAAGAAAUGAUGAGGAAGGCAGCAGUUGGGAGCGGAUAGAGGCCCGUGAUGGCCAAAUAAAUAGCACUGUGGGCAUGUUCUGGGCUGGGAUUAGCAUCUGGGGGUUCUUUAAGCUGAGAGACUUGUCUUAAGAAGAGGGUGGGUAAAUCAAAAGAGUUAAUGGUGUUGAGGGUCCAUUAGGUUGAACUACCUCCUCUUCUGCAUCAGAGGAUGAUACAGACGCAACUCUGGGAGAAGCACCAGAGCUCUCGAUGGAUCUUGAAACUGAUCACUAUAAUCCAUCAGCCUCUCUGGAGAUAUUUUGCAUUUUAUAUCCACCAUGGCCUGAAGAUGUUACAAGCUGAGAACUGACCGCAGACAAGAAAGGCCUAAUAUCAUUUUUAAGAUGCACUCUGUGCUUGUUUUCAGCUAGUCCUAUAACAUUACUGUUGUUGUUGACCCCAUGUUAAACCACAUUAUGUGGUAGUAAUAGGUUAAAAUAUAAAAUAAAUUAAAUUUAGUCUUUGUUUCUGAAUAAUUUUUUUUAUUUUAUUUUUCAUCUCUUAAAAAGAAAAAAGCAGAAAUUAAACAGGCCCUCAUAAGGUUUCCCACCACAUGAUUUUCAUUCAGAGAUUCAUUUUAAAUGUGCUGCAGACAUUUUAGUGUCGGUCUUUAACGAUGAUAAAACAGUAGCUCUGAUGUGUUGAUCAUGGGAUGGAUAAUGUGUAUUGGUUGAGCCAACAUGUCUUUUAUUUAAGACACUAUGCAUAGUUUACUCUCUGACUUUGAUUCUGGAUGGUGCCAUACUGUCUCAGAUACAGAUUUUGCCCUUUGUUAUGCUUGUUUUUUUUUUUUUUUUUUUUUGUGCUGUGUGUCAGUGGACCAUGUUUCGUGAUGU